ACUAAAUAUGGGAAAUAGUAAUCCAAGUUAAUCAUAUGAUGAAAAAUAAAAACCAUAUAUAAGUAAAAAUCAUAAUGAAAAAUCAUAAGAAAAACAAUAAGAAAAACAAUAAGAAAAACCAUAAAAGGAUCCAAAUAAAAAUAAAAAUAGUAUUUUUAAAGAAUUUAAUUUAGAACCAUAGGAUUAAGAAUUAGAAGAUGAAGAAAAAAAAAAUUAGGAAUAGCUUGCUGAUUUAUUUAGAUAAGCUAAUGAAAAUUACGAAGACCUGUUUAAAGAAAUGAAUACUGUAUAAAAUAUUUUAAAUCUACUUAGUUAGAUAAGUAAUUGGCUGAUCUCUGUUAAGAUUUAAAAGAACAAGUAAAAGAAAAUGAGAUUAUUUGA